ACAGCACAGAGAUCCAGACAUGGCCCCUACAAUCACUGCAGCAAUGACCAGUUCUCAGGAGCACCUGACUCUGACCCACAAGCUCAGAAAGCCUCUGGUGGAGAAGUUACGCAGAGAGCGAAUCAACAGCAGCAUUGAGCAGCUCAAGUCUCUCCUGGGUCCAGAGUUCCUCAAACAGCAGCCAGACUCCAAGCUGGAGAAAGCAGACAUCCUGGAGAUGACAGUUUGCUUCCUCAGACGGCUGCAGCAGCAGCACCAAGCUGUGGAGUCAGCAGCUGUGGAUCAGGGCUACUCCAGGUGUGGCCAGGAGGUGGCACACUUCCUGUCCAAGGAGGAGGUGAAGACGCAGUCUCAGAGAAGACUGCUGAGCCACUUCAACAAGCUGCAGUCUUCCUCUGAGAAGAACCUGAGAGAGGCAGACUUCUGUCCUCUGAGCUCCACAGUCCAGACAAGCAUCAGCAAAGAGGAGAGUCCAGUCAACAUCGCCCCCUGGAGGCCGUGGUAGACACCUACACACUGGACUUACUACCAGACAAACUGAGGUGACCACAUUGGUCAAAGAUCACUGAAAUGGUUUCUUUGAAAUGUCAUAGACUUGUUCUUCUGUAUGAACAGAAGGUUGUGUGUUGUGUUUUUUCCAACAUGACAUUUCUUAAAGAAAUGAUAAAAACAAUAUCUUUCAAGUUAAGAAAGAGAAUAUUUUGUCAUGCAUGUUGCAUGAAUCAACUGAUUGCAUCAGCAAUUAUUAUUAAACCGCACUGUACUUCAUGCACUCUGGUAGUGUUAUAAUGCUAUGGUAACGUGUGUUACCUCUUGACUGGUACUGAUCAUUGUGAUCAAAUGUUUUAAAUGACUUCACUAAGGGCUUGUAUAAAAGUGAAACUCUCUAACAUUGUACAAAUGCCUGGACUUGUAAUCGUUCUUAUAGUCAUCUUAUUUUGAUGCGUUACUGCAAUUUUUCAUUGUUAUUGUCUUUUUUUAAAGGUUAAAUUCUGUUUCUAUGAUACAUUCUGUGAUAUAUUACAGAAUUAGUCUUCAAUUCAGGUGUUACUUUGUGAAGUAGCUAUUACUUUUCUCAGUGGGAAUUUCCCUGAUGUUGCUGGUAACACUGACAUGUAGGAGGCACAAUUAUGCUGAAGAUGUUUCAGAUUUUGAUGUGAUAUUCACAUGCUCCACUGAUUGAUUGUUGGCAUCAAGACAAAUGUGCUGAUUUAUUACUCUGUGAGUGACAGCACCCAUACCUUCAAUGAAGGGCUUAUUGUUUGGAAAAUCUCUCAAAAUGAAUGUAUCUCUUCAAGCCAAG